AUGGCACUGCGCGCGGCACGGAGUGUGCGGAUCGUCGUCUGCAGUCUGCGCGCGGCCUCGGCGCCCGCCACGUCCUGCCCGCGGCGGCCCUGGGGGCUGGGGACUGGUGCUGUUCGGACGCUGCGCACCGGCCCCGCUCUGCUCUCGGUGCGGAAAUUCACAGACAAACAUGAAUGGAUAACAACAGAAAAUGGUAUUGGAACAGUGGGAAUCAGCAAUUUUGCACAGGAAGCUUUGGGAGAUGUUGUUUACUGUAGUCUUCCCGAGGUUGGGACAAAAUUGAACAAACAAGAGGAGUUCGGUGCUCUGGAAAGUGUGAAAGCUGCUAGUGAACUUUAUUCUCCUCUGUCAGGAGAAGUAACAGAAAUUAAUGAAGCUCUUGCAGAGAAUCCAGGACUUGUCAACAAAUCUUGUUAUGAAGAUGGUUGGCUGAUCAAGAUGACACUGAGUAAUCCUUCAGAACUUGAUGAACUAAUGAGUGAAGAAGCAUAUGAGAAAUAUAUAAAAUCUAUUGAAGAGUGAAAAUGGAACCCCUAAAUAAACUAGUCUGAAACAGUA